AUGGUUUCCCUAGAUGAACUGGAUCUCACAGACAAGAACCGAGAGGCCAUGUUUGCGCUGCCUGAUGAGAAGAAAUGGCAAAUUUACUGCAGCAAAAAGAAGGAGCAAGAGGACCCUAACAAGUUGGCUACCAGCUGGCCGGACUACUACAUCGACCGCAUCAACUCCAUGGCUGCUAUGCAGACCCUGUUUGCAUUUGACGAAGAAGAAAUGGAGAUGAGAAAUAAAGUGGUGGAGGACUUGAAGACAGCGCUUCGAACACAGCCAAUGAGGUUUGUAACUCGCUUCAUAGAGCUGGACGGCCUCACCUGUCUGCUGAAUUUUCUGCGCAGUAUGGAUUACGAGACCUGUGAGAGUCGUGUGCACACCUCUGUCAUCGGCUGCAUCAAAGCCCUCAUGAACAAUUCUCAGGGGCGUGCUCACGUCCUGGCCCACCCCCAAAGCAUCAACACAAUCUCCCAGAGCCUCCGCACAGAAAACAUCAAGACCAAAGUGGCAGUCCUGGAGAUACUGGGGGCGGUGUGUCUGGUCCCCGGUGGACAUAAGAAGGUACUGCAGGCCAUGGCUCACUACCAGAAGUACGCAGCGGAGAGGACACGGUUUCAGACACUACUAAAUGAGCUGGACAGGAGUACAGGGCGCUACAGAGAUGAGGUCAACUUGAAAACGGCCAUCAUGUCUUUCAUCAACGCGGUGCUCAACGCUGGAGCUGGAGAGGACAACCUUGAGUUUCGUCUACACUUAAGGUACGAGUUUCUAAUGUUGGGCAUCCAGCCAGUCAUCGACAAACUCAGAGAGCAUGAAAAUGCCACAUUAGACAGGCAUUUGGACUUCUUUGAGAUGGUGCGAAAUGAGGAUGACUCUGAAUUAGCCAAAAGAUUUGACCUGAACCAUGUUGAUACUAAGAGCGCUGGUGCCAUGUUUGAGCUGAUCAAGAAAAAGCUGAGCCAUUCAGAUUCGUACCCACACCUCCUGUCUAUCCUCCAGCACUGCCUCCAGAUGCCCUAUAAACGCAGUGGUCUACAGCACUGGCAGCUUUUAGACCGUAUCCUGCAACAGAUCGUGCUUCAAGAUGACAAAGGAGAGGAUCCUGAUCUAGCUCCUCUCGACAACUUUAGUGUGAAAAAUAUCAUUCGAAUGCUGGUCAAUGAGAAUGAGGUGAAGCAGUGGAGGGAGCAGGCAGAGAAGUUCAGGAAAGACCACGCAGAACUGAUGGCUAAACUAGAGAAAAAGGAACGUGAAUGUGAGACAAAGACCCAAGAAAAAGAUGAGAUGAUGAAGACCCUGAAUAAGAUGAAGGACAAACUGCAGCGAGAGGGCGUGGAGCUGCGUUCAGCGCGGGAACAAGUCCUGGACCUGUCGUCACGCAUCAACGACAUCGCAACGGGCAACAUGCCAUUCCCCCCUGCGCCUCCUCCCGGCGGUCCUGCUGGUCCCAUGAUCCCUCCCCCUCCUCCUCCCAUGAACAUGGGCUUCCCUCCUCCUCCCCCUCCUCCUCCCAUGAGCUGUCCCCCUCCACCACCUCCUCCCCCUCCUCCUGGAGCUCCUCCACCUCCUCCAGGAGCACCACCCAUGUUCGGUGCCCCUCCACCCCCUGUGCCCUCCUUCGGUUCAGCUAACACGCAGCGCUCCAAAUCCAUUCCUCAACCAUCACAUCCGCUCAAAUCCUUUAACUGGGCCAAAUUGGGAGAGCAUAUGAUCAAUGGCACGAUCUGGAAUGAGAUAGAUGACCUAAGAGCGUUUGAAAUCCUCGAUCUAAAGGACAUAGAGAAGAUGUUUUCAGCCUAUCAGAGGCAGCAGGACCUGCUCACUAACCAAUCAUUCAAACAGAAAGAAACUGGCUCAAUGGACGAUUUGUAUGUGAGCACAAGGAAGGUCAAAGAGCUCUCGGUUAUAGACGGCAGGCGCGCUCAAAACUGUGUCAUCCUGCUUUCAAAGUUGAAAAUGAGCAAUGAAGAAAUUAAGAGGGCGAUUCUAGAGAUGGAUGAGAGAGAGGAACUUGCCAAAGACAUGUUGGAGCAGCUGCUAAAGUUUAUCCCUGAGAAGAGUGACAUCGACCUUUUGGAGGAGCACAAACAUGAGCUGGAGCGCAUGGCCCGGGCUGACCGCUUCCUCUUUGAGAUGAGCAGAAUCGACCACUACCAACAGCGACUUCAGGCUUUGUUCUUCAAGAAAAAGUUUGCAGAGCGACUCGCUGAAACCAAGCCCAAAGUUGAAGCUCUCCUCAAUGCGUCCAAGGAGGUGGUCCGGAGCAAGCGGCUGACUCAGAUCCUGGAGGUGGUUUUAGCCUUUGGGAACUUCAUGAACAAAGGCCAAAGAGGAAACGCCUUCGGUUUCAAGGUUUCCAGCCUCAACAAAAUCGCUGACACCAAGUCCAGCAUAGACAGGAAUAUUACAAUGUUGCACUACCUGAUUAUGAUUUUUGAGAAGAACUAUCCAGACACACUCCACAUCCAGAAUGACCUCAACAAUGUGCCAGAGGCUGCAAAAGUCAACUUGGCAGAGUUGGAAAAAGAAGUGCACCAUAUCAAAAGUGGGCUGAAAGCUCUUGAGGCGGAGCUUCAGUACCAACAGAGCAGGACGAGGGAACGCGGGGACAAGUUUGUGGCCGUAAUCGGAGACUUCAUCACCGUGGCCGGCUUUAGCUUCUCUGAACUGGAGGACCAGCUGAGCGAGGCAAAGGACAAGUUUGCCAAAGCUUUGAAGCACUUUGGGGAGGAUGAAUGUAGGAUGCAGCCAGACGAGUUCUUUGGGAUCUUUGACACGUUCCUUCAGUCUUUUGGUGAAGCAAGACAAGACCUGGAGAACAUGCAGCGACGCAAAGAAGAAGAGGAGAGAAGGGCUCGAAUGGAGGCCAUGCUGAAGGAGCAGAGAGAGCGGGAGCGUCGGACCAAGAAACCUGGUACGACAGAGGAAGUGGGCGGAGAGUUUGACGACCUGGUAUCUGCUUUACGCUCGGGCGAAGUCUUUGACAAGGACCUGAACAAGUUUAAGCGAAACCGUAAGCGCUCCGUCAAUCAGCUAGUGGAGGGAAGUGGUGGUCGUGAACGCGCUGUCACUAAGGUCAACUACUAAAGAUAACGAAGGAGGAAAUCGUAAUGUACAAAUCCAAAAACACCUCCUUCACUUCUGUCUGUUACUGACUGGUUACCAAGAGCCGCGAGAAGGAUGCAGACUUCGUUCUGUCUCGCUUUCACCUGUUGAAGUUGAAGAUGCUUUGGAGCUAAGCCUGACAACGAGCAGACUAACUGACAGACCACUGUGACACUAUUAACUGUUAGCACUGUGCUAAAGUGUUGUUUUCACUUCCUGUUUGGACACUCCCUUUUCCCAUAACCCCAGGAGCUAAUCAUAAACAUUGGGAUUAACCAGUCACACUGUACAUAGUGGAAGGUCAAGUGACUGAGCGGAAGACAUGUAUGCAUAAAGUUACUUCACAAAUGGUCAUAAGGAGCUAUAGGCAACUACUCAUCCCCUCAACAAAGCAGCAGCAUCUCCACGCUUCUCCAAAUCACGCCAAUGUUUUCACAGCCCACGCAUACGAAAUGUGCCAUAAAAGCAUUACCUAUCCUGUUUAAUGUUUUGUACAGUGCUCUGGAGGUGUACAGGAGAAGUGUGAACCUGUAUUACUGCAAUUAGGUGUGUAUCAGUACAUAUAUAUUUAUAUCUAGAUGCAGACAAGCUAAUUGCCAAGAGGUUUUUCUAUGUUUCCAUGGCAUUUUGCUUUAUUGUACGCUGGUGUUGCAAGUUCACAAUAUUAUGAGCUUUGUGUGUAUAAGGAAUUUGUGGAAGCCCUAUGUACACCUCAGCACCUCGUAGCUUUUACCCAAACCAGGAAGUAUCCUCUGCUCAGUAAUUAGCUCUACUUAAGGUCAUGAAGGAAUACCAUGUAUGAAUUUAUAUAUUUUGUAGCGCAAAAGAUUUUUUUUUUUUUUAUUGGGGUUCUUACUUGUUAUGGAUCUGACCUAUUGGUGCUAAAACAGUUUUGUUACACACAGCAGGAAUACAUUACUCAUUUAGUGCUUUCAAUAUUUCAAUUCAUAUUUAUUUACGACAGCAUUGUCAUAGCAACAUAGCACUUAAGAAUAGAUGCAAAGUUGUGUCAGUGUGCAAGACACUGACCGGCAACAAUUCAAAUGUAGUGACGCAAUCUCAGACGUUUUCUCACAUAGAAAUAUAAUUUAAAAUCAUUAUAAAAACAAAAACAUGAAUGGCUGUUUAUCGAGGAUUCAAUUUUGCAGAAUUACAGAGGGUUUAGAACAAGAAUUACCCAAUUUUACUGCCACUCAUUCCAUUUUGAUAAGUCAUGACAAAAUAUAUAAAUACAAUUAUUGUUUAUCAUGUCAAAUUUCACAACUUCAUCAAAUAUUGUCACUGCACUUAACUUUACAAGCAAUCAUACAGAUGUCCCAUAUCACUCGCAGGCAUUCUUUCAUUUUUUUCAAGUUCAAGUGCCUCUGCUCCUGCCCCACAGCUGAAAAAUCCAACAAUUGGUUGUAACGACUUGGGCGCCAUCUUGUGGUGAAACGUGCCACUUGCAUCAGUUGUCUUGUGUUAUUUAAUAGCGUCUCAAUAGCUAUAAGUAGUUCAUUUAUUUUUUAUUUUGUAGGCACAACAUAAAUGAAUCCCUCGAGUUUCUGUUACCAUAAGAAAAAAAUAAUCAUUGGAUUUUUCUAAGAGAUAUUUUCUGUUGAACCAAAAGCAUUUAAAGUUAAAACAAUAUGAAAAUAA